UGGCGGGUGACUGUUCGUGGUGCUGGUUUCUUUAAUACGAGCAGCGCCAGAAGUGCGUGUCCAGUUCACCCAUCUUAACUAUCACCAACGCAACGCGUGUCCAGUGCGUAUUGUGAAGUGAAGGGACGGAUUGUGUGGCGUUGUGAAGACCACUGUUGAUGAGCCAUGCGGGUAGACACUUAACCGUCAUUGAGGAACCCCCGGGCAAUGGGAGCUGUGUGUGUGUGUGUCUCGUGCUGUAAUACGAGUGGUGACUGGUGGGGCAAAUUAAGUGUGGGUAGUGAUACUUGUGUUGAGUGGCGCAAAGGGACGAAACCGACUUCAGAGAGAGAGAGAGAGAGAGAGAGAGAGAGAGAGAGAGAGAGAGAGAGAGAGAGAGAGAGAGAGAGAGAUAGAAAGCCCAUGCAGUGGUAUUUCGACAAAAACUUCAAAGGUCGACAAGCAAGCGCCGCCUAACCGUACAAAAGCUUGUGACAUGCGGCGCCACGUUUCCUGCUAGUAUUCAAAGCAUGGAGCCGCUCCCUUCGCGAACACGGCUAUCCUACAUCACUCUACCAGGGGAACAACAGCUGCUGACGCUGCCUGUGGGCCGGGACAACCUGCAGUGGCCGCGCUAAAAGAAGACAUGGAGAACUACUUAUAUUACACCAUGAUGGGAGGACACAUCAGGCUACAUACACCCUGGAGUUAGGCCUCACAAGUUCGACUGCCAGGGGAAGAUCACACCUCAGAAUGAGAACAGGGACAGGUUGCAGAGGAAGAGGAAGGUUCUGGAGAUUCUUUCUUCAAAAGAAAACCUAAUGGAACUUCACCAAAAUCCAGCACCCCAGCCAGACCAUGUGGAUCAGAGGAUGGAGCAUGAUGGGCAUGUUGAUCCUGAGUCACUCACCCCUUCUACACAGGACACUGGAAUACAAGUGCAGGUAUAUCCAAGAAAGAGGUCCAAGGGGGUGCAAGUUCAACCAGUGAAGGCAGAUGCGAUGAACAACACAGAUGGUCACAUGGUGGGCAAGAUGAAGAAAACUGAAAGUACAUCUGAGGAUUCUGUUUCCACAUCAGAAAGUAGUGAUGUAGAUCAUGAUAAAAGUAAAGACUAUGUACCAUUAGACAGUACUUCCAGUAGUGAUGAUGAAGAGAACUUUAAAAAAUAAACUCUGUACACAACAAGAAAAUUAAUACUGAAACAUCCAAUGGAAUACAUUGGAUUACACAAGAAGCAUUUCUAUAUUUUAGAUAUUCUGUGUAGUCAUGUAACCUACAAAGAAAGGAACCAUUAAGGUGCUUAGGUUUUGGGGUACUCCAUAUAGCAGAAGUGAACCUGUUAAUUUGAUGAUUUCACUCCC